AUGAAAAAGUAUAUUCAACACAAACUCAAUAAUAAGUCUAUUGAAGUCAUGCCUAACAACACAUCGGAGAAGAGAAAGCGGCGACAAAGAGGGGGUAAAAGCGACCGAUCGGUCCUCAAAUGCAAUCAAUUACUGCCCAAAAGAUUGCGAAUAAAAUCGGCAGAAAAUCAAUUGUACAGAAUUGGCUUAUCCCUAUUCGAGCCUAAAAUACUAACACAACGGCCAUGGUACUAUUCGCCCACAGGUACCGCUAUAGUAUACUCGUUGACCGUGUUAUAUAACUAUUUCUACGGAAUUGGACCGUCAUUUUUGCGCAUAUUUCAGAUGCUCUCGGGAUUAGUCACCCCUCAAAGCGUGGGUCUAUCGGACCCCCAAUCCCUCUAUCGGUUCGCAAUACUAAGUGAUGGCACCGGGAGUUGUAUUCACACCUACUGUCGCACCCAUGACUCCGGCCGUCAUAAUAAACAUCAAUCUCUGUCUAUAAUACUGGAAAUGUCGUUCCAGGAUCUAUUAAAAGGGGUUGAUGUAUACAAAUGGAUAGAAACACAUCCAUUGGGUUAUUGGCAAAAAUAUGUCAACAAUACUAACAUGACUUAUAUUGGAUGCGAGUAUAAAAUGUAUGACAACUAUAGUAUACCCGACGACCCGUUUCCGCAUAAAAACAAUACAUUUUAUUUGAUGGCUGAAUACUUCGAUAAAGAGUACUUUGAGAUUGAGGGUGAAAAUUCGGCUUAUUAUAGCUCAUUAAUCGUGCCAGUGCUGAUUGAGAUUGGUAAAUUAGUUAAUUACAGUGUACAUCUGUAUGCGUACAACUGUCCGGACAGGCGUAUAAAUGAGCACAAACAGGUGAGUACAGGGCUCGUUACGGGCCCGGACUGGUCACCCAUGAACUAUUUGUGGCGAACGGACACUAAUGGAUCAAGGCCGUUAAACUGCAUCCGACCCCUGUAUAUGGCCGAUAACUUGGUAUUCAUGAGCAUUAAAGUACAGCAAUCACUGCCCGACAGUAUAGACAUUUGGAAGUGUUAUGAAUACAGGAUUGCAACAAUAGCGAAAAGCAGCUUGGUUACGGGGUACAACCAGGUGGGUUAUGUUGCGUGGAUAUACUUUAAGCCACUGUUGGGUAUCGGCGAGAAUCUCGGGCACCGGAACUAUAUGUAUAUCCUAUGGCUUAUAUCGUUGAUACCAGUGGUGGAAGUGAUUCGCAACGAGUUGUUGGCAAAAAUGGUGGCCAGACCUGACACGUGCGCCGACACUAUUGAGGAUCUAUUGGAUGAUAGGCUUGUGGUGUUGACCGAUCACUACAAGGCCCAGGAGUGGGCUUCGGACGAAUUUACUAAAUACUUUGAGAACAACACUUUUAAAGAGACAUUUAUUAAGUUUGCAAAUAGGGUUAGGCAGUAUGAUAGACCACCCUGGCCAGACAAGUUUCAAUCGUUCAAAGAUGACCCAGAUGGAUUUCACAGUUUCAUUAAAAACAUAGUAUUCGUUGCCGACCAGUAUAUGAUGGACCAAUUGUUGCCAUACGCGCCCCGAUUUGAACGCAUUCAUUCGGGCCAAUCCUACCUACCGGUGCUCAUAACACCUCUCUGUUACGGACCAUCGUUUAAGUUUAUUAAUGAGGCUGACACACGGCGUUUAUACGAGGCGUCGCUUUUUCAGCACAUGUACGCAAUGAAAGGGCAAUAUUAUUUCGAAAACGUGGUAACAAUUGCCGACAAUUUUGGUCUAAUAAUGUCCGACUUUUACGCUACUCCGGUUGACCCCUACGAACCCCUAACGAUGUUUGAGUUAAAAAGUUAUAAUACAAAUGAAACAAAACAAGAGAAAUACGCACAAAAAGGUUUCGUCAAGCGGAUCGUACGGACGCACCGUUUUGUGGCCAAACGCUCAUAUUUUUAUUACCAUAUAGCAUCGCAACGUAGAGUUAUCAAUCAAGCAAUGAAAAACAUACAGGCACAAUCGUGUGUGCGGUUUAAACAGCGGACUAACCAACAUGAUUAUUUGCAACUAUUUAAAGGACAAGGGUGCUAUUCAUCAAUCGGCAAAACAGGGGGCCGUCAGUACCUAUCGCUGGGCUAUGGGUGUCAUUACGUAGGGGUGGCUACGCAUGAAAUACUACAUACGCUGGGCUUUUACCACGAACAGAGUCGGGCCGAUCGGGACAACUACCUGACCAUUCACUGGCAAAACAUCGCUCGGGGUAUGUCAUCACAGUAUGACAAAGUGUCCAAAUCGGCGAACCAUCUGUAUGUUGGCUUUGACUACCAGUCAAUCAUGAUUUAUGGGGCAAAGGAUUUCAGUAAAAACGGCAAAUACACGAUGACUGCCAAACAACGUGGUGUCCGGCUAUCGGCACAAAACAAUAGGCGCAGUAUGAGCUCAUUGGACGCCCGGGCCCUCAACACUAUGUAUGGGUGCAGUGGCGGCGGUGGCGGCUCAGGGGCUAAGAAACGGAAACGUGGCUAG